AUGGGCAACCCUAGCAACACCAAUUUGCCACCAUAUAAUGCUUAUAGAGAUUGUUCACAAGGUAUUUGUAGCAUAUAUUGCCCACAAUGGUGUUACAUAAUAUUCCCUCCACCACCUCCAUUCCAAUCCGACGAUGAUGAUUCCGGCAUGAAUUUCUCCCCUCUAAUCAUCGUGGUGAUUGGAAUCCUGGCGAGUGCUUUCCUUUUGAUAAGCUACUACACCAUCAUCUCCAAGUAUUGUAAACGGGGAGAAAGCCAAUUGAAUCCUUCUCCAGAAUCAGAAAUCCGGAAUCAAUCAACAACUCAUGACCAGUUGCAACAUGCGACUACUGGCCUAGACGAUUCAUUGAUCAAGUCCAUCGCGGUAUGCAAAUACAGAAAAGGUGAUGGAGUUGUAGAUGGAACUGAUUGUGCAGUAUGUCUUAGUGAGUUUCAAGAAGGUGAGAGCUUAAGAUUGUUGCCAAAAUGCAAUCAUGCAUUCCAUCUCCCUUGCAUUGACACAUGGCUUGAAUCUCAUUCCAAUUGUCCGCUAUGCCGAUCCCAUGUCAUGCCUGGAAUACCAGUUCCAUUCCAACGGCCUAUGGAAUCACAAAUUACAUCUUCCAAUUUUAAUGUAUCUUCUGUUGUGUUUCAAAGAAGGAAUGAUCUUGUUCUCGUUGUGGAAGAUAUACCACGGGAUGAUCAUAGAGAUGCAGUUAUUGUCAACGUUGUCGCGAAUGAGAUUUUACCAAAAUACCCUUUUCAAGAACUAGAUUGCAACGUUGAUGGGACGAGGAUUCCCAUGAACAUGGGAAUUGGAAAUGACGACGAUGUUCAAGAAUUUAGAAGAUCAACUUCAUUGGGGUCAGUGUCUUGUGAAAAUCCAAAUAUUUUGAUAGCUGAUAUACUAAGGAUUGAAGAGGCUUAUGAUGAUGAUGAUCAUCAUCAUCAUCAUUAUGAACAAGUGGGCCCAUCCAAAGUAGAAGAUAGUAAAUCAACAAAGAGAAGUAAUACAAUGAAGAGAUCUGUUUCCACAGGGAGAUUCAUGUUCACAAGAAAUGACAAAGGAAAAAAUUCUAUUCUACCCAACUGA